UUAAAGUUACUAUUUUACUCUUUUAAAAAAUUGGUCAAUCUGGUGAAACACAAACACGAGUCACAAGCUAUCUAUUGCAUGGCAGUUACCCCGUUCAUUUCCGCAGUCUCUGUCGAAUUCCGCCAUUUUUGGAUCACCAACCAUUAUCUUACUAUAAAUCUUUUAAAACGCAGUUCCCAUAAAUCUUUUCUGUUUUCCUCUUUCAUCCGAGUACCAAUUUUCUUCAAUUUCUGUUGAGCGCACAGGCAGGCCUUUUUUUUUUUUUCCUUGAGGGCGGUUUUCCAUGUCUUGGGGAACCGCUCUUUACACUGCAAUUUCCAUAUUUUUUUCCAACAAUCCUGCAAAUAGAGAGUCUUCCAUGGUAACUCCCAGUUUGAAUUCUUGAUAGUUGAGAACUGAAAAUCCUGUCUUUUCCUUUUUCUUAUAUAAACAUUAAAAAAAAAAUCUCAUUUUUGAUUGUUGUUUAUGUGAAUUAUGCAAUUCGGCAAGAUAUUGAGAAAUCUUCAGAUCUGUUCGCGUUUAAAAGAUUACAAAAUUACAGGUUGGGAACUGUGUUAUUCUACCCGGGUUGAGACUGAUUACUACCGAAGAAUUCUGUACAAAACCUGUUUGUAAUAAAGUCAAGAAGAAGAGGAAAUGGCAGGACAAUGCACGUGUUUAUCCUCUCCACGGCCCAAUGAAUGGGUAAAGGGGAAAAUAAUAGGAUCGGGAUCAUUUGGGGCUGUUCAUUUGGCCAUGGACAAAGCCACCGGAUCACUUUUUGUCAUAAAAUCUGCAGAAACAGAGGCUGGACUUUUGUCACUCGAGAAUGAGUCUGAAAUUCUUGAGGAUUUGGAUUCUCCUUUUAUUGUUAAAUGCAUAGGCAAACAUGUGUCACGUGAAGCAAAUGGUGAAAGGAAUUAUAAUCUUUUUAUGGAAUACAUGGCUGGAGGCAGUUUAGCAGAUGUCGCAGAAAAAUUUGGUGGGGCAUUGGAUGAGAAAAUCAUAGCUUUGUACACGAGGGAAAUCCUCCAGGGUUUGAAGUAUUUGCAUAAGAAUGGGAUUGUGCAUUCUGAUCUCAAGUGCAGGAACGUGCUGUUGGGCUCAUUAGGAAACAUCAAAUUGGCUGAUUUUGGAUGUGCAAAGAGGUUGAUUGGUUUGAAAAACGAUAAAGUUACAUUACAAUCUUGCAUUUGCAGGGGGAUUGCAGGGACUCCCCUGUGGAUGGCUCCUGAAGUUCUGAGAAAUGAAGGGUUGGAUUUUUCUGCAGAUAUAUGGUCUUUAGGAUGUACAGUCAUUGAAAUGGCCACUGGUAGGCCACCUUGGGAUGGUGAUAUAUCGAAUCCAAUGGCUAAAUUUUUCAAGAUUGCUUGCAGUAAUGAGAUACCGGAGUUUCCUGCACAUUUUUCUCAAGAGGGAUUGGAUUUUCUAAAGAAAUGCUUGGAGAGGAAUCCCGGAAAGAGGUGUACAGUUGAAAAGUUGCUUGAUCAUCCAUUUAUAUCGGGGAAGAAGCUGAAAACCACUGAUUCUAAAAACCAAGGUGCACAUUCACCUGCUAGUGUUUUAGACUCCGGAAUGUAUGAGAAUGAUUGGGAUAAUUCACCCGGUGAUCCUGUUGAUUGCAAUCGAGGAAUUCCUUUUUUAACGAGAUUCUGUCACUUGGAAAAUAAAGUGUCACAGAAUGACAGAACAAAUGCUGAGUCCUCGGAUAAAUGGAUCACUGUCAGGCCAAGUUAGAGAAGGUAUGCUCCUGUUGAAUGUGAGUGGGCAGGAUUAAAGAAGAAAAAUAUCUAGAAAAUUUUGUCGAUUAUCAUAAUCUAUUCCCUUGUACCAAACAUGUGGGAUUUUGAGGAAGAUGGCAUAUAAUAGGCAUAGAAAUAGAUUAAAAUGUACAUCACACAAUAGAGGUAUAUCUAUAUAGGUUCUUUAAUAGUGUUAUUAUUGUUAUUAUUAAUAUAGUUUUGAAUUUUGGAUAA